AUGAGUGAGCUUCGAGGCCGUUGUUCCUGCGGUCGCAACAAAUAUACAAUUCAAAUCCCACAAAAUGCAGGUGAUGGCGCACAAGUCUUUUUUGAUAGUAGUAAUGUACAUCGAAGAUCACAAGCAGCCCCUCUCUCCGCAUGGAUCCGCGUACCCUUAGCAUGGUACCACUCGACGACGUACGCUUUUUUCGACGAUGAAUCGCACAACAUAAUUCGACGUUCUUAUACUUCUCCUUCCGAACAGCAUGCAAAGCGCCAAUUCUGUGGUUUUUGCGGUACCCCUCUAUCAUAUUGGACGGAAGAACCGCCCGCCCACGCAGAUUACAUUUCAUUGACCUUGGGUUCAUUGGCUUCAUCAGAUUUGCGAGACCUCGAAGAAUUAGGCUUGCUUCCCAAAGAAGCUUUCGAAGAUGCACAGAAUGAUAAAGAAAUCAUCGAGUCAGUUAUACCACAUACCGAGAACAACAAUGGAGGAGGAGAAGGUAUACCAUGGUUUGAGACAAUGGUUGAAGGAAGUCGAUUGGGCAAAAUGAGGACUAGUAGAGGUAGAAGAAGUGCCAGUGAUGGUCGAAUCAAAGUGGAAUGGGAGAUCGUAGAGUGGACUGGCGAAGAGGGUGAUGGGCAGUUACUAGCUAACCCUACCACUGGGAAGAGGAAGUUAGAUUCUGCAGGUACAGGCGAAGAUACCAGCAUGGAAGGGCUACAAUAA